AUGGUAGCCAUCACCAUCACCAUCAGUAUCGCCGUCACCACCCUCACCUUCAGCUCCACCGCCACAACCAACACACCAUCUCCGGUGACCAUAAGAUCCUUUCCUGCACGUCCCCGGAGCCGUUUCCUUGCUGAGAAAGAGCCCAACCCUAGAGCUGCAGAUCACUGUAAGAAAGACGACGAGAUUUGUUACGUCUUGGAAGGAAAAAACUCAACAUGCUGCAAUAACAAGUGCAUGGAUUUGAGCGAGGAUAAGCAUAACUGUGGAGCCUGCAAGAAAAAGUGCAAGUUUACAAGCUCGUGUUGCAAUGGAGAAUGCGUAAACUUGGCGUAUGACAAGAGGCAUUGUGGAUCGUGUGGCACUAAGUGCAUGCCUGGUGGUUACUGCAUAUACGGUCUCUGCAACUACGCCUAA